AUGCUCCGGGUGAGGAUCGAACUCACAACCUCCGCAUUCCAUAUGAUGUCGUCUCAUACUGUCUAUAAGUACGGCGCGCUAACCGAUUGUGCUACCGGAGCAUUCACGAAAACCUGCUUACAUUCUUUAUCAGAAUCAUAUAUGAAUAUUUUUGAAAGAAAAAAGCCCCGGGUGAGGAUCGAGCUCACAAUCUCCGCAUUCCUUAAGAUGUCGUCUCAUACUAUCUAUAAGUACGGCGCUCUAACCGGCUGUGCUACCGGAGCGUUCACGGAAAGCGGCUUACAUUCAUUAUCAGAAUCAUACAAGGAAUAUUUUUCGGAAAGAAAAAUGUUCCGGUUGAGGAUCGAACUCACAACUUCCGCAUUCCUUAUGACGUCGUCUCUUACUGUUUAUAAAUACGGCAUAUUAGCCGAUUGUGCUACCGGAGCAUUCACGAAACACUGCUUACAUUCUUUAUCAGAAUCAUAUAAGGAAUAUUUCUGGAAAGAAAAUGCUCCGGGUGAGGAUCGAACUCACAACCUCCGCAUGUUGUCUCAUACUGUCUAUAAGUACGGUUCGCUAACCGAUUGUGCUACCGGAGAAUUCACAAGACACUGUUUACAUUCUUUAUCAGAAUAA